GUUGGCAACACGAUUCCCGUACAAACUAGAACGUUCUAGAGACUUGGAGAUUUUAAUGUUCAUUUUUUCGUUACGUUUAAUGCUAUAUUUUAGUCGUAUUAACUUUUAAGGAUUAUUUUUGCAGUUGAUUUUCAUGGGAAGCAUGUAUGUAGGCUUUUGGGCAUGCCUAGAGACGUUUGUAAAUAUGGAAGACUAGAACUAUUUUCUUUGGUGUAAGCGACGGUGGCGCGCGGCGCGACUAAGGCCGUGAGUGACGUGUGAGACGGCAGUCUUAAAUUGGCCGGGCGCGAAGCCACUUCACGUGCCAGAAAUGUACGUUCAAACGGAGUGUCUUAACACGUCCCGCAGGCCUGCAAUUUAACAUCCUUACGGACCAGCGCAACACCGGACAACGAUAUCGCAAGCCCAGUUUGUGAGCAGGUGAAGACUGCCCGUGAUGCUGUCUGGUGUCCGUUUGCUGAAGCUUCAGCGUUGCUGUGGAGACGCCCUCCCGUGCGUGGCAAGGCUGCAUGUCGUACCCGAACUUUUUUCCAAGCUCCAAGUGAAGGUGAAGGAGAACCCAAGACGUUUCAGGAGGAAGAAAUGGCUGCAGACGGCCCACCCAGGCAAGAUGAGCGAGAGGAAGAUCGGGCCACCAAUCAUCAAAUGCAAGAACGAAGAGUUGAACCAUUAUAAAUCUCUAACAUAUGGAAAAUUUGAUGUUAUUCCUCUGGCGUCAAAAGGCUGGCUACACAGGAAGUCUAAAGGAGACUAUUUUGUGAUUCAUGAACACUCACAGAUUCCCGCAAGAUCGGAGCAGCCGGCGUCUUUCCUGGAUCUGGGUUUGUCCGAGGAGGUCGUCGGGAUCCUGAGGAGAAGCGGGAUCACGGAGCCAACGCAAAUCCAGGAGGCCGGAAUCCCCGCGGUGAGCUCGGGGAGGAACGUCCUCCUCGCCGCCGAGACGGGCUGCGGCAAGACGCUGGCGUACCUGCUGCCCCUGGUCCAGCAGCUGGCGGCGGCGGCGGCCGGGGACUCCGCCCCCGGCGACCCCUUCAACAGCCCGCUGGCCCUGGUCGUGACCCCGAGCCGCGAGCUGGCCGCGCAGAUAGGCGAAUUGGCGAAUAAUUUUUCGAGAAGUUUGCUGUUUGCCUCGAAAUAUUUGGUCGGUGGCCGGACGAAGCGUAAGAUGAUGAACCCGUCAUUCGAAAAGGUCGAUCUUCUAGUGGCAAGUUUGGGCGCACUCAGCAAACUGACUUCCGCAGGAGUGUACAACAUGAAGCGGGUCAGGCAUAUUGUUCUGGAUGAGGCAGAUACAUUGCUAGACGACAGUUUUAAUGAAAAGCUUCGUCAUUUUCUUCGCCGAUUUCCACUGCAGGUGACGGACGGGGUUAACGAACGCAGGACUCAGUUGACACUGGUUAGUGCCACUUUACCUACAAGCAUACCAGAAAUUCUCGGGGACCUGAUUGUGCCGGAGUCCCUGGAGAGGGUGACGACGGGCCGGCUGCACCGCAUCAUGCCCCACGUGCCGCAGAGGUUUGUGCGCCUCGGGCUGUCCCAGAGACCCGCGGAGCUGCUGCGGCUGGCGAGGGCCGACUUCGAGAACAAAGUCCCGGUGAUCGUGUUCAGCAACAAGUCGGCGACGAGCGACUGGGUGUCGAUGUUCCUCAACGAGAACGGCGUGGACUGCGUCAACCUCAACAAGGACAUGCCGCUCGCGCUCCGCAAGGGCGUCUUCGAGAAGUUCCAGCGCGGCGAGGCGAACGUCAUCUCGUGCACGGACAUCGGCUCCAGGGGCCUGGACACCGUGCGCGUUAAGCACGUUAUCAACUACGAAUUCCCCCUCUACAUGGCGGACUACAUCCACCGUUGCGGCAGAACUGGUCGUGUUGGCAGCUUGGAAGGCUGCCACGUGACCAACUUCGUAUCCGGCAAGCUGGACGUCAAACUUGUGCAGGCGAUCGAGCUGGCUGCCCGGACCACGGACGCUCUGCCCAACGUGAAUGCCAACAUCUCCCGUGUGAUCGGGUUCCGGGCGCUGAAGGCGGUCCGCCAGAGAGGAGAGAUGACCGAGUAGUUCCUGGAUAUAGUUUUAUUUUUUAUAUACAUAUAAUUUCAAAGUACACAAUAAAAAGAUUGGAAACUUA